AUGCAGAACAGCAAAAUCAUUCCUAGAGACCGCCUUUUUCAGUCCAUGAUAUCAGCAUUCAAACGCACAAUCGUUAUAUCGACCCUGAAGAAACAGUUUCUGAUACCGGGUGGUUUGCUCCGUAGCUUUUGUAACCACGCAGUUGUCAAAAGCGAGCAAAACACGGUUCAACAUCAAAUAUUGAGGCAUAUCACAUGCUGCUGUGACACUUUCCAACGUGGUGCUGUCAACUCCGACUCUCACCGCCUUGUUGCGUGGAAAGCUUCCAACGGGUCAUACAAUACUGUCACAGUCCGCUGGGUGGAAGCGUGCGAGUAUGGUCUGCGAAAGUUAUGA